AUGUCUGUCCUGCAGUCUUGUCCGAAGGGACAUUACUGUCUUAAAGGAACAGGCUCUGCUGAACAAUUUCCAUGCCCUGCUGGCACCUAUAACCCUCGUGAGCUCAUUGACAGCCAAAACAGCUGUCUAUCGUGUCCGUCAGGACAUUACUGUCCAGAUGCUGGACUGAAGAACCUACAGGACUGUGUUUGGCUGGUUUCUGGUGUAGAGAAGGCUCCCAUUCACCCAGUCCUAUGGAUGGUCCUACAGUGGCUGUUUGUCCAUACAGGACUAAGGAGUGCUGAGGAGUGCCAGUCAUGCCCUGGAGGGUUUAACUGUGCCUCUACUGGUCUGACUGAACCAUGUGGACUCUGCUCUGAUGGGUUUUAUUGUGCCGAGAAAGCUGAGACUCCUACUCCUAUUGAUGGAGUCUCUGGCCACAUCUGCCCAGAGGGUCAUUAUUGUCCUCCAGGAACCACUCGCCCUGUGCCAUGUGAUCCUGGGACUUUUGUAACCGUCACUCAGGCCUCUCAGUGGUACUGUGUGGAUAGAGCCCGGCUGCUGUGCCCAGAUGGUUUCUACUGUCUUGAAGGCACAGGGUAUGACCGGAGACCUUGUCCAGCAGGGACAUACAGCCCUGACUCUGGUUUGAGUGUCCUCUCUGAGUGUAGGGAAUGUGAUGGAGGACACUACUACUCACUUCAGAACUCCACGUCUGUCACAGGAAAAUGCUCUGAGGGAUGUUACUGCACAGAUGGGAACAUCUCACCUCAACCUCACACACAGUCUGCAGCCCAAUCAACGAUCACAGCGGAGGACCGUGUCCGACAGGUUAUUUUUGCUUUAGAGGCUCAGGCACUCCUCAAGUCUGUCCAGAAGGAUCCUUCAGCAGUAGAGAGAGACAGGCCAGCUGCAGCCUGUGUCCCCAAGGUUACUACUGUUCUGUCAAUGGUUCCUCUUUUGAGGGCAUUGAAUGCCCAGUGGGCCAUAAUUGCCCUACAGGCACACGUCUACAAAAUCAACACCCCUGUCCAGCAGGGACUAUAAAUUCCCAUACAAGGAUGACCAGCUGUGAAGACUGUUUACCCUGCCCUCCAGGUACCAUUUCUACAAGCGACUGAACACCUAUCAAGUCAUUUCUCAGUGUUACACAUCUCUUAUUCUCAGAGGGUGAUGCUGCCCUAUUUCUUCGAACCAUUUGAGUCACACCAUUUUCAGUCACAGCCCCUUGUGCUUUCAGCAUCUGUCAAAACUCGGCUGAGAAAUGUCCCACAAACU